UUAGAUUUAAGUCAAUAUUGCAAAUUGCAAAAUCUUAAAAAAUUAAACUUAUCGAUAUGUCAAAUAAGCUCAACGAAAAAUUUAUCAAAUCUAAAAUCUCUAACUCAACUAAACCUAUCAAAUAACAUCAUUCACAAAAUCGAGGACUUAUCACAUUUAAUAAAUUUGAAAAAUUUAAAUCUAAGUUGGAAUGAACUCACUGAAGUUGAAAAUUUAUCAAAUUUCAAAUAUUUAACAAAAUUAAACUUAUCCUGGAAUAAAAUCUAUCAAAUUGAAACAUUAUCAAGCCUAGCGAACUUAAAAGUCUUAGAUUUAUCAAGAAAUAACAUUAGCUCUACAAAAUUUUUGAUCGAUUUAAUAAAUUUAGAAUAUUUAAAUUUAUCACAUAAUAUAAUCGAUGAAAUAAUCAAACUAUCAAAUUUAUUAUCGUUAAAAAAUUUAGAUUUAUCAUAUAAUGAAAUUACAGUUUUGAAAAAUUUAUCAGAUUUAUCAAACUUAGAAUGUUUAUAUAUAUCAUUUAAUAAAAUUAGCAAGAUUGAAGGCCUACAAAAUUUAAACCGUUUAAAAACAUUAGAUUUAACAUAUAACAAAAUUAAUAAAAUUGAAAAUUUAUCAAAUCUAAUAAACCUAAAAGAACUAAUGUUGUAUUUUAAUAAAAUCAAAAAAAUUGAAAAUAUAUCAAAGUUGGUUAAUUUACAAUAUUUGAAUUUGGGACAUAACGAAAUUAGUGAAAUUGAAAACUUGACCAGU